UUUACAGACUCAUAGAUGAGUUUUCCGCAGUUCAAUGAUCAGGCAGGUGCCAUGUUACAGUGUGGUUCCUACAAAAGAAGGAAAAUACAACAAAAUACGAGAAAGAUGGCCGAAGCAAAUCGGAUGGAGAAGGUUGAUAUGACGAAAGAGUUCAACAAACUCGGCGAGUCGGACAAACAUUACAUUCGGAAGUUAGAAACCAUGAACCUGGAUAGAGCUAAGGAACUGCGUGGACUUAGAAACAGGAAUCGUUACACGGCGGUUUUCCUUGGCGUCGCCGUGUUGUCAAUUUAUGGUUAUUCCAUGUACGCCGUGAGACAAGAGAAGUUUCUGGAAGAUUUCGACACGGUCCCUGAACAGUCACAUUCUUGAUGUGUCUGACGUACAGUGGACUACGGUGAAACUUUCAAGGAGACUUAUCUGAACACAGCACCGAUAUAAAUUAUGUGAUUUCUGUUGUCUGUAACUGUACAGAAAAUGUGUGUGGCGUGCUUUAUGAGACUGUGUGAAUUCAAACAGCAGAAGAGAUACUGACAGUACAAGUUUUUGUAGUGAACUAAAUCGUAUUUACAUGUAAUGUAGGGCCUGUAUUAAAACAAAUAUCACUUAA